CUCCACUGUCAACAUGCGCGCUCCGGCUCUCCUGUUGGUUGCCCUGUCGUGCGCCGUGGCCGCCGUUUCGGCGGAGCCCGGCUUCCUCGGGGCCGCCGCCCCGGCGCUCGUCGCCGCCGCCCCCGCCGCCCCCGCCGCCGUCCGAGUGACAGUGCCCACGGCCGCCGUCAUCCCGCCGUCCAUCUCGACCCAGUACCACGCCCAGGACGAGCUCGGCGGCUACGCGUACGGCUACAACGGCGGCCCCUCUGCCAAGCAGGAGGUGCGCACGCCCGACGGCGUCGUGGCCGGCGCCUACUCCUACGUGGACGCCAACAAUAUCGUGCAGAGCGCCCAGUACGCCUCCGACCCCGUAAACGGCUUCCGCGUGGCCGCCACCAACCUGCCGGUCGGCCCCGCCGCUCCCGCCGUGGUAGCUGCGCCCGCGCCCGCGCCCGUCGUCGCUGCUCACGCCGCCCCCGCUGCCGCCCCCGCAGUACUCGCCGCCGCCCCCGCCGUCGUCGCAGCCGCUCCAGCUCCAGCUGCCGCCGCUGCCGCCGCACACCUCGUGGCCAAGGCACAUCUGCUGGGCCGCAAGAAGAGAGGAAUCUUCGGAGCGCCCGUGGCGUACGCCGCCCACGCCCCCGCCGUCGUCGCCGCCCCCGCCGUCGUCGCCGCCUCCCCCGGGUCAACAGUGGUCACAGUGCCCGGCACCAGUGCAUAUUCCUUCAGCACCGCCUCUCUCCACCCGCCGCAGGUAGUCCCCGCUAGUCCUCAGACUGCCGUGGCAGCCGCUGUCGCUAUCGACCAUCACCUCGCGGCCAAGGCGCACCUGCUGGGCCGCAGGAAGCGCAGCCCCGGCUAUCUGGGAGCCGCAGGGCUGGUGGCUGCCGCCCCCGUCGCCCACGCCGCCCCCCACGCCUACGCCGCCCCAGCUGCGGCCGUCGUCCCGGCCGGCCCCGUCGUCGCCGCCGCCCCCGGCUCCACCACCAUCACGAACCCGCCCUUCCGUAGCUUCUCUUACGCGGCCGCCGCCGGCCACCCUGCUCAGGUGGUACCUGCAGGUCCUGCCGUGGCGUACGCUGCCGCCGCUCCGGCCGUCGUUGCCGGCCCGGCUCUGCCCGUUGCCCCGGCUGUGGCAGCCGCUCCCGCCGUGGCCGUCGCCAACGCAGCUGCAGCUGCUCACGCCGCCAAUGCCGCUGCAGCUGUGAACGCCGCCAACGCCGCCAACGCUGCCAACGCCGCCCACGCCGCCGCAGCUGCACGUGCCGCCAAUGCAGCUGCAGCUGUGAACGCUGCCAACGCCGUCAACGCCGCCAAUGCCGCUGCAGCUGUGAACGCUGCCAACGCCGCCGCAGCUGCUAACGCCGCCGCAGCUGCCAGCGCCGCCGCCGCAGCUGCCGCCCCCGCAGUGGUCGCUGCACACGCCCCCGCUGUCGUCGCUGCUCACGCCGCGGCUCCCGCCCCCGCCGCCGCCGCCGUUCUUCCAGUGACGGCCUCCAGCCAGUACCGCGUCCAGGACGGACUCGGCCAGUACACCUACGGCUACGCCGACAGUAAUUCUGUCAAGACGGAGAGCCGCGCCGUCGACGGCUCGACUGUCGGUGGCUACUCCUACGUUGACGGGCACGGUCUGGUGCAGAGCGUCAAGUACCACGCCGACACCCUGGGCUUCAGGGUUGCAGCCACUAAUCUGCCAGUAGGACACGCUUAAACCGCCGUCGACGAUUAUCAAUAACUAUGUUACCCCGCUUUAUAAGUUAUAUUAACUUCGAGACGCCAAACAUUGCUCUGUGUAAAUACUUUUCACUCUGUACUUUUCAAUAAAAACACAUUGAUUGUUUGCUCUCACAGAAAA